CUAAACUUGAUUAUAACCACGCUCGAAAGAAUAUAUCUAUAGAGACGGUACCGGUAUACGAUAUUUCGAGCCUUAGACCAAAGAAGUGUUCUAAAAAUGGAUACCAGUUGGAAGUGUUAUAUUGUUUCGGUUUUAUAUCUCUCUUUUAGUUACGGGAAUGCUGAUUACUGUUAUGAUGAUAAUGGCUAUCUGGAGUUGAUCUGUUCAGAUUACUUCACUUUAGAUUCCUAUUGCUGCGGCGAACCUGGCUUCUACUACUGCUGUGAUUCGGAUGAUUACGAAUUCUAUAAUACCGUUGCUUCAAGCCUCAGCACUGCAGUCAUUGUCGUCAUUGUUAUCAGCGUCGUCAUUGUUGUUGCUAUUGUUGUUAGCAUGGUAACAUAUCGUGUGUUCUGCGCCACUGUCGUGACCGUUCGCCCGACGAGGACAGCAUUCGUAACGACACAUCAAACACAACAAGGUCAAGUAGUCGUUCAUCCCCCUCAGGGUAGACAAAUCACACAACAAGCAAACCUUCCCCCAGCUGGAGCUGUGUAUCCACCUGAAGCCGGAGCGUAUCCCCCGCCUUCAGUUACGUAUUGUCCCCCUGUUGAAGGCGAGAAGCCGCCAAUUUACUCUGUGCUAUAGUUGACAUUAGACAGACAAACCACUGCUAAAUCAGUUAUUGUCAUUCUACAAACAUUUUAAAAUGCUAUUACAAUAGGAUAAUUUUAUAAACAUCGUUAAUAAUAAAAAUUAAAAAAAUGUAGGCUUAAUGAUGAAGGGGAAACCACAAUGCUUGGUAAUUCAUGAUUUCCUCUUCCUAUUUUAGUACACCUGUUGUUCUGCGACACCAUUAUUUAUUAUUUACACUAAAGGCGCAAACGCAAGAUUGUUGAAUUACUUUUGUUAGGACAGUACACUCAAGAACAAAGUAAAAUUUUCCAGAUUUUUUAAAUUU